UUUUUUAUUUACUUUUUUCAAGCAUGUCAAACUACGAUACUGUCAUUCUCGAUAUUGAGGGUACUAUUACUCCCAUUACUUUUGUCAAGGAAACUUUGUUCCCUUAUGUCACUUCUGGAUUAACUCAAUUCUUAAACCGUACCUGGGACAUGCCUGAAUUAAAGCAACAAGUAGAAUUACUUCGCGUCCAGGCUCAAAAAGAUGUGCAAGAUAAGCUCGAGCAUGCUGUUUUGAUCCCUACAGAGUCUGAAGCUUCUGUGCAAGAGGUCAAGGAUGCUGUGAUUGAAACAAUUCAUUGGCAAAUGAAGGCAGACCGUAAGAUCGGUGCCUUGAAAUCCUUCCAAGGGUUUAUGUGGAAGGAAGGAUAUGAAUCCGGAGUUCUUCGUGGCGUUGUGUAUGAUGAUGUGGUACCUGCUUUAGAAAAAUGGAAGGCGGAAGGAAAGACCAUUUACAUUUACUCCUCCGGUAGUGUCCCUGCUCAAAAGUUAUUAGUCGGUUAUAGCUCCAAGGGUGAUUUGAUGCCUUUCUUCUCUGGUUAUUUCGAUACAAGUGUUGGAUUAAAGACAGAAACUGAAUCAUAUCGUAACAUUGCCAAGCAAAUUAACAAGGAGAACAAGACGGAUAGUAUUUUAUUUGUUACUGACAAUAUCCAUGAAAUUGUUGCUGCUACUCAAGCAGGAUAUCAAGUUGUAAUUUCUGAUCGCCCUGGUAAUGCACCUUUGGGACCUGAAAGCAAACAAUUUAAAAUUGUCACUUCGUUUGAUCAAAUCUAAAUAUUUGUGAUAAAAAAAAAAGGGAGUAGGUGUCCCCCUCUAUUCUUUUUUUGGGGGUAGGCAAGCCGAAUAGUUUUUCUUUUGAUUGUCAAGAAUAAAACGUGUAAAGUGAGAAAGGAGAAAGAUCAAGUUCAAAUGAUAAUUGUUUGUGCUUAUUUUUAACCAGAAAA